AUUAAAUUUUUAUUACAAUACUCGUAUCGAGGACAAAAUGGCUGCCAGGAGAAUCGGUAGAAGUGCCAUCGAUUGGGCCGCUUUCGUAGAGAGAGUGCCGGAAAACCAAAAAUCCUUUUUUCAGGCUUUUAAAAUACGUUCCGAUGAAUAUAUUCGUAGAGUUAAUUCUUAUCCGGAAAAUCCUCCAGCUAUAGAUUGGGAAUUUUAUCGUAAAAGAAUAGCAAUGCCAGGGAUUGUUAAUGAGUUUGAAAAAGCGUAUAAUAGUCUGAAAGUUCCGUAUCCCACUGAAAAAACAAUACCUGAAAUUGAUGCACAAGAAAAAGCAUCUGAGAAGAAAGUAGAAGAAUUCAUUAAAGCAUCAAAUGAAAGAAUUGCUAAAUAUCAGAAAGAGCUUGAUUCUUUGAAAGCAAUAAUACCAUUUGAAGAGAUGACCAUGGAAGAUUUUUAUGAUGCUUUCCCACAAUAUGCCUUAAAUCCAAAGAAUCCAACAUUUUGGCCACAUUCAUUGGAAGAUUUGGAGAAAGCUAGUUCUCAAAAAGUGUAGAAUAAUAGUAAUAAACUGUAACUUGAUAGUUAUAUAUAAUGGAAUAGAUUAAAUUACAUAAUCUAAAUUGUAAAUUGUUUAGAGAUUAAGAUGUUUGAAAUAAAAAGGAAGUUGCAAAAUUCUAUACAUCGAUGCUUUAAU